UGGUUGUAAACGCUGCGUCGCGCUGCAGGCCGGCGUGGCAGAAGCGGAAAUACGAGUCGGAUAAAGUAGCCUACAAUUUUGUCUAGCAGUGGUCAGAGAGGGUUACAGGAGAAAUCUGAUCAGGUGGAAGUGCUUCAGACUGAGAUUCCUUUCACAGGUUUCAGGGCUCGAACAUCAUGUCUUACCUUCCAGCUCUCUUCAAGUAUGUGGACGAGCACCAGGACCAGUACGUCCAGCGUCUGGCUGAAUGGGUGGCAGUGCAGAGCGUGUCCGCCUGGCCGGAGAAACGAGGAGAGAUCAAGAAAAUGAUGGAGAUGGCGGCUAAAGACAUAGAGAGGCUCGGGGGCACUGUGGAGUUGGUGGACAUUGGCAAAGAGAAGUUGCCAGGGGGUGAGGAGAUCCCUCUUCCACCCAUAAUCCUGGGCAGGCUGGGCUCGGAUCCUGGCAAGAAGACUGUGUGCAUCUACGGUCACCUGGACGUCCAGCCAGCCAACAUUGAGGACGGCUGGGACACGGAGCCUUUCACACUGGUGGAGAAAGACGGAAAGCUUUAUGGACGUGGAUCUACAGAUGACAAGGGGCCUGUGCUCGCCUGGUUCAACGUUAUUGAGGCCUUUCAGAAGAUAGGACAGGAGCUGCCCAUUAAUAUUAAGUUCUGCUUUGAGGGGAUGGAGGAGUCUGGCUCUGAGGGUCUGGACGAGCUGGUGUUCUCCCGCAAAGACUCCUUCUUUAAAGAUGUGGAUUACGUCUGCAUCUCCGACAACUACUGGCUGGGCAAGAACAAGCCCUGCAUCACCUACGGCCUGAGAGGAAUCUGCUACUUCUUUAUUGAAAUGGAGUGCUGUGAUAAGGAUCUGCACUCUGGAGUGUUUGGAGGCUCUGUUCAUGAAGCCAUGACUGACCUGAUUGCUCUUAUGGCCUCGUUGGUGGAUAAGAAGGGGAAGAUCCUGGUGCCAGGCAUGUAUGAUGACGUGGCUCCCCUCACUGAAGAUGAGAAGAAGCUCUACGAGAAAAUCGACUUUGACUUGGAAGAAUAUGCCAAGGAUGUGGGCGCUAACCGGCUGCUGCACGACACCAAGGAGCAAGUGUUGAUGCACCGAUGGAGGUUCCCCUCUCUGUCGCUGCAUGGAAUUGAGGGAGCUUUCUCCGGUGGUGGUGCCAAGACAGUCAUCCCACGCAAAGUCAACGGCAAGUUCUCCAUCCGCCUGGUGCCAGACAUGGACCCAAAAGUGGUGGAGAAACAGGUAACCUCCUACUUGGAGAAGAAGUUUGCCGAGCUGGAGAGCCCCAACAAGAUGAAGGUGUACAUGGGCCAUGGAGCCAAAGCCUGGGUGUCUGAUUUCAACCAUCCUCACUACAUGGCUGGAAGAAAGGCCAUGAAGACUGUAUUUGGAGUGGAGCCCGAUCUGACCCGUGAAGGAGGAAGUAUCCCAGUGACUUUGACCUUCCAGGAGGCCACCGGACGCAACGUCAUGCUGCUUCCUGUCGGCUCAUCAGAUGAUGGAGCUCACUCCCAGAACGAGAAGAUCAACAGGUCCAACUACAUCCAGGGCACCAAAAUGUUGGGCGCUUACUUCCAUGAAGUAUCUCAGCUCAGUUAACUGGACCCGUUUGGAUCAGUACAUCCAGGAUGUCUUAAUAUGAUGUAUCUCAGCAAAUUAAGACACUUUUGUUAAGAAAAUGUCAGUAAGCUGAUUGCCAGCAAAUUGCAGGAAAUAUGCCAGAAACCAUAACUUCAUUUUCAGCCGUCGUCCUCCGGUGUUGCACAUGAGCAGCACUUGGUAUGUUUAUACUCUUCAUAAUGGAAAUUUUCAUUAAGAUUACACUCAUCAGUCCAUUUAAACAAAGAUUACAUAAAGUUAACUUAUGCAUUGUAUUUCAUGCAUUAUAUGUUGCUGAUAUACCUCAACACAUGUAAGCCUUUGGCCUCUUUUCCACUGUGGAGCCAGAUGGGUCUGGCUGUAGCCGUACCGUUCUUUUCCGAGUCAUGAGACCUUUUGCCAUCGGCUGCGCUGCUAAAUCAGAACCAGAAGAAAUCUAAACAAAACGGUAGCUCCACGACAGCUAACUGGCGAAAUGCUACAGAACAUUCAGACUGUCACUCCCACACCAGUCACUGUGGUGCUCUCUGUCCACUAAAUAGGUUUUAUUUGAGUGUCGGUUAGCAAGAACCAAGCCUGUUCUUUGGUGGGUGGAACCUUUAGCCUGCUAAUUAUCUUUACUCUAGUGUUAGCCCAGCCCAGCAAGCUGCAGCUCAAAGCACUACCACACAGGUUCAAUUAUGGCUUUCUGCCCCUCCAGCUGCUCAACUUUGCUUCCCCAGAUUUAAAUCUGUUAUCUAAACUUGCAUCAGUAAAGCCUCUGUUAGUCGGAACUGAACCUGUUCUGUGGUGAGAAGAGCUGGAAGGUUGCUAGCUAAGCUAAUGCUAACCAGCUCCUCUCUCCUAGUUAGCAGCACUGAUUUAACAAUUGUUAUUAGAUUGAUGGUGUGACGUUUAUUGAAUGGUGGACUGAGAAUCAUGCACUGCUUUCGUUUCUUUGACAGCCGUGUACGUGACCUCAACAUAUGUUUUUCAGUUUCUGCCGGAAUUAAGCAUGAUAGCAAUAUAAACGCAGAGCCAGUCAGCGAAUAGCGACGCUAUUGCAUCAUCCCAACAAACAGUUCUGUGGCCCUGAGCAUGGUCAGUGAACCAUGUUGAGAUCACUGUGCUGGGCCUUGUCAAACCAUGUCUGUGUGGAAAUGCCGUUUCUGUGUGCUCAGACCCAUUCAGUACAGUGGAAAAGACGCCUUUGAGUAUUUUGGCACACUUUUCUGAAAAGCAGCGUUUAUAUGGCUACAUGACGCCUGUUAUGACAACUUAUAUAGACAUUUAUAAAGGCUUAUUCUAACAGGGGCCAGUUCAAACGUAUAUAAGCAGCCUUUAUGCCAGCUGACGCUUGUUGGAAUAAGCCUUUAUAAAAGUUUAUCCAGGUUGUCAAGAAAGCCGUAUGUGUCAUCAUAGCCUUUUAAACGCUGCUCUUCAGUAUGGUGUUAGUUUUUUGUGUAUGAAUUAAUCUCAGUAUGUCCAAAUAUGCUGUUUAAUGUGCUUCAAGCGAUGUUAAUUUGCAUCUCAGGAAGCAGUGGCUUGGAUUUUGACUAGUUUUAAAUGAACACCAAGCCUUGAUGACAAUUGACAAUCUAACUGACGGUUGUGGCGCACUGAACAGAUCAGAUACUGACUCAGUGUGCAGAAGGGCUGCAUUACUUCUUCAGCUGCCACUUUCUUUGUUUAAUCCAACGCUGCUAAGUGUUCUCAAACUGGUUUAGCGUACAGUGGUAGACUGUCUUUGUCCGUUUUGUCUUUCACCUCAUCCAACAUUAAUCGACUGCGCACUGCCUCAUAUGCACUCUCAUAAACAUGUCAACAAUAAAAACAUGGAUCAUUCAUCA